AUAGACCCAUGGCGCACUCUAGUGCUUCUAUCAAAAAACACCGUUGUUACCUAAACGUUGAUGCGCUGCCAAUAGAAGGAUUUUAGCAUUGUUUAUAUAAACAAACAAAAGUAUUUUAAUCAAUCGUGUAACUCUUAUUCAACAAAUUCUGUUACUCAGAAAGUAUGGAUGGAGAUAAUGACACACCACUCAUUAAAAUCGAACCAAAACAAGAAGAAGAAAUCCACUCCUUUCUUCAGGAACAUAUUUCAGUAAGCAAUGAAGUUUUGGUGACAAUAAAGGACGAAGUUACUGCUAGUUCAUCUUGUUCUAAAUCCGAGUCUAAAUCUCUUUAUAAUGAACUACAGCAACACCCUGACUUUCAACGUCACCUUUUAAGUAAGUGUAAAAAAGAGUCUAAAAAUUUUAAAUGUGCUGAUUGUGAUUAUGAGACAAAUUAUAAAGGCAACUUCAAAAGACAUCUUUUAAAACAUAAAGUUUCAAAGGAUUUUAAAUGUGCUACUUGUGAUUAUGGAACAAAUCAUAAACACCACUUCAAACGACAUCUUUUGCAACACGAAGUUUCAAUGCAUUUUAAAUGUGCUGAUUGUGGUUAUGAGACACACAACAAAUAUAACCUUAAUCAACACCUGUUAACACAUAAAGUUGCUAAGGAAUUGAAAUGUGGUAAUUGUGAUUAUGAAACAAAUGUUAAACUAAACUUCAAACGACAUCUUUUAAAACAUAAAGUUGGUAAAGAUUUUAAAUGUGUUGAUUGUGAUUAUGCGACAAAUGUUAAACACUUCUUAAAACGACAUGUUUUAAAACAUAAACUUUCAAAAGAUUUUAAAUGUGCUAAUUGUGAUUAUGAGACAAAUAAUAAACAACUCUUCAAACAACACAUUUUAAAACAUAAAGUUUCUAACGAUUUUAAAUGUGCUAAUUGUGAUUAUGAGACCAACAAUAAAUAUAACUUUAACCACCACCUUUUAAAACAUAGGGUUUCUAAGGACUUUAAAUGUGAUGCUUGUGAUUAUGGGUCAAAUAGUAAACACUACUUCAAGCAACAUCUCUUAAAACAUCAAGUUUCUAAGGAUUUGAAAUGUAGUAAUUGUGAAUAUAAAACAAAUGUUAAACUCAACUUCAAACGACAUCUUUUAAAACAUAAGGUUUCUAAGGAUUUUAAGUGCGCUAAUUGUAAUUAUGAGACACACAAUAAAUAUAACCUUAACCAACAUCUUUUAACACAUAAAGUUUUUAAGGAUUUUAAAUGUGCUGAUUGUGAUUAUGGAACAAAUGACAAACGCUACUUCAAGCAACAUCUUUUAAAACAUAAAAUGUCUAAGGAUUUUAAAUGUGUUGAUUGUGAUUAUGAAACAAAUGAUAACCGCUACUUCAAACAACAUCUUUUAAAACAUAAAGUUUCUAAGGAUUUUAAAUGUGCUAUUUGUGGUUAUGGGACAAACAUUAAGUAUAACUUUAACCAACACGUCUUAACACACAAAGUUUCUAAGUAUUUUAAAUGUGCUGAUUGUGAUUAUGGGACAAAUUUUAAAUCCGCCCUUAAAAUACACCUUUUAAAACAUAAGGUUUCUAAAGAUUUUAAAUGUACUAAUUGUGAUUAUGAGACAAAUUAUAAAUCCGAUCUUAAACGACACCUUUUAAAACAUAAAGUUUCUAAGGAUUUAAAAUGUGGUAAUUGUGGUUAUGAAACAAACGUUAAACUCGACUUCAAACGACAUCUUUUAAAACAUGGAGCUUCUAAGGUUUUUAAAUGUGCUACUUGUGAUUAUGGGACAAAUCAUAAACGCUACUUCAAACAACAUAUUUUAAAACAUACAGAUUCUAAGGAUUUUAAAUUAGAAUUUGGGACAAAUAGUACGCUGAAAGGGUCCUGACUCACAAUUUGAAUAUUUACCAUUUUACCCCAUAGAUUAAUUCAAAAUUGUCCCCUUAUAAGGUAUUUCACAAAAUGCAUUAAAAUAUAUCAAUAUUAUAUAUAAUAAAAUUGAUGCAUAGCCGACCAGUACCGUUGGCAUAUAUAGAGACACCGUAUCAACGCGUGCGCUGUGCGCCAAUGUCGCGCUCUAGUGCUUAUAUCAAAAAACACAUGUUAUUUGGCUACCUUGAUGCAGUGUCUGUGAGAGGGAGCAUUGUUUUGUUUAUAUGAAUAGACAGUGUUAGAAUCUUAGAUUAGAAUAUUCUAUUAUUACUCAGAAAGUAAGUGCAUUGUUUAAUACCAAAAUAGAUUCUUAACACAUUUAUUUAUAGGUAACAUUAUUGUUGUUAGGUAUGGAUGGAGAUAAUAACACUCCACCCAUUAAAAUCGAACCAAAACAAGAAGAAGAAAUUCAUUCUCUUCUUCAAGAACACAUUUCAGUUAGCAACGAUGUUUUGGUAACAAUAAAGGGCGAAAUUACCAGUGCACCAUGUUGUAAAUCACUUUAUAAUGAAGUACCGCAACACUGUGACUUUAAACAUCACCUUUUAACUCCAUGUAAAAAAGUGUCUAAAGAUUUUAAAUGUGAUGAUUGUGAUUAUGUCACAAAUGACAGAAGCAACUUGAAACGACAUCUUUUAACACAUACAGUUAUGAAGGAUUUUAAGUGUGCUAAUUGUGAUUAUGCGACAAAUCUCAAACUCUAUUUCAAACGACAUAUUUUAAAACAUAAAGUUUCUAAGGAUUUUAAAUGUGCUUAUUGUGAUUACGGAACAAAUACUAAAUACGUCCUAAAACAACAUCUUUUAACGCAUAAAGUUUCAAAGGAUUUUAAAUGUGCUGAAUGUGAUUAUGCGACAAAUGUUAAACUCAAUUUUAAACGACAUAUGUUAAAACAUAAAGUUUCUAAGGAUUUGAAAUGUGCUACUUGUGAUUAUGGGACAUAUAAUAAAUACCACUUCAAACGACAUCUUUUGACACAUAAUAUUUCGAAGGAUUUUAAAUG